AAGUUGAUUGAAACAAGCAAAACAUAACACACGACGACGACGAAUUGUUGUUGUUGUUGUCGUUGUUUCCUUCUUCUCCGUUUUGUCUUUCUACCUUCAUCAAAAAAUUUCGUAACCUGAUUUUAAGGCAUCAAAUUGAAAACCCUCAUAAAUAAAUCUAACAACAACACUCUUCUCUUUCUCUUUUUCCUUUUCGCUUAAAAAGGUUCUCGCUUUUCCGUUAAGUCACUCAAACAUUUUUUACCUUUUCACCCCAAAACCUUAACACACGAUAUCUGAAUUCUUCUCACCAAUGGAAGAAUCGAGUGAGUUGCAACCAGAAGAAAAUAAAGUCUCGAUGGAGAAAAAUGCAAAAAGAAAGCUCAAAACACCUGCACAACUUAAGGGCUUGGAGAAAUUUUAUACUGAGCACAAAUAUCCGACGGAGGAAUUGAAAAAAGAAAUUUCUGAGGUGUUAGGGUUGACAGAAAAGCAAGUGUCUGGAUGGUUUUGCCACAGAAGGUUAAAAGAUAAAAGAAUGUUGAAAGAUGAAGCCAAUGCCAAUGGACGACAAGAUCGUUCAAGUGGUGUCAUCCAGGAUCGUGGCAGUGGACUUGGGCAAGACUCCUGCGGAAGCAGUAAGCACGGUGACUAUAGGUAUCUGGAUCCGAAAGAGGUUGAGAGCCAUGGCCUCUACAAUCGUGAUUUGUCAGUUGGAGAUAUGACCUAUGGACGUACGAAUCAUUUUUCAGAAAAUCUUAGUGGAAUGGAUGACACGUCAUCUGAGAGUAGCUCUUUUUUGCAAGAUCGGUUGUAUCGUCAAGGUCAGGAUCCAUAUGAGACGGAUCCUUCUAGAUAUCUAACACCUAGUAAAGCUCUUCCACCCAUAAAUCCCAAGGGUGCGAUUAACGCAGGAUAUAAACCAUCGGGAUAUUUGAAACUGAAGGGUGAGAUAGAACAUGCUGCUAUAACUGCCGUUAAGAAACAGUUAGGAAGGAAUUAUCGGGAAGAUGGUCCACUGCUUGGUGUAGAAUUUGAUCCACUCCCUCCUGGGGCAUUUGAAUUCCAAACUGAAGACCCAGUUCACGAACCAUACGAUAUUGCUGAUCCUACUCUUCCGAAUUCUCCAGAAAUCUCCACAGUGAAAAGGCGACCUGGUCUUAACUCUAGAUAUGAUUCAUAUUAUACUAAACAUAGUUCCCAAGAUACUCAUAUGGAAGGAGUUGACUUUGGUUCCUUGCAUGAUUCCGAUGUUCAUGAUAAACAAGAUAAGAAAGCUUACCAGGGUACAAAACACAGACAAAAUUUUCAGAGUUACGGUACUCAUUUUCCUGGCCGAAACUCUUCCUUGGAUUUGUAUGAAGACUCAACUGGGGAAGCUGCUUAUAAGAGCACUAAGAAUCAUAGGAUGGAAACCAAGCGCGGUGUUGAGGGGAUGAGAUCUGAUUCUGCUUCAAACCAUAGUGAUCACUAUGAAGAAAACCGUGCAGUUAAAAAUGCUGACUUUUUGCAAUAUGAUAAUGAUAACAUCAAUCCAAAGAACAUGCAAAGGAGUGUUCAUGCAGACUUUCUGCAAUACGACUAUGAUAACAUCAUUCCGAAGAAUGCACAGAGGAGUGAACAUGUAAAAUCUAAACCUUCAAAUUCGAUCCGUAAUUCUCGGGUUUCUCUGGAUACUGAAGAAAGAGGGUUGUCUACUAGGAUGGCUAAGGAAGAGAUGUUUAAAGGGAACAAGAAGGCAAAGAAACAAUAUCGUGAUGCAGGUGGAGCAGGGAUGCUUGCCAAUGAAACUACGGUUGCAAAACGACUUAAAGCCAAUACGUUUCAGCAAUACAAUAUGAAACAAUUUCCUGCUGCUGAGAUAGAACCAAGGAAAAAUCAGAGAUCUGCUGCAGAGAUGCCAUCCAGCUUUAGCGAGGAUGAAACUGCCGACACAAGUUCCUCAAUGGAUUGAAUAUUUUGUCGAUAGAUGUCGAGAAUUGUGUGGAGUUCAUUGGUUAUGAUGUACAGUCUUAAGAAGACACAUGCAAUUUAAUUACUAGUAAAGGCAGUAACAUUGGAAGCACUGUUUUUAGCAGCAAAAAACUAUUUACAUGAUUCCAUUUGCUGUUUGUUGUGCUCACCUAUUGCCUUGGAAAGAAAAAAAAAAUUGUAGACCUUCUACCUCCUUAGUAUGUUCUGUAGAUGUUUGUGGUAGGGGCUUCAAUACAUACACAUAAUUUGUCUUAUAGUUUAAUUGUUGCAGUGCUUUUGGCAUAUUCUAAUUUGAUCCAAUUUAAUCCAUGGUUGGAACUUGGAAGAGUUAGCUACUUAUACUUUAUGCCUUAAUAAAUUUAAAAUAGCUAGUUUCAUUUGUUGUA